AUGGUAAAGGAUCCGGAUGCGGCCAAAGAAAAACUCGAAGAAAUUGAUCGACAACGGAUCUUACGAGCAGCCGAACAAGCCGGGCAAGAAGAAUUGAAAACUCAGUCAACGAAUCCGGAAUUAAAAGCGAGGCUUCAGGAAAUGAGGAAAAUUGAUCGGGAGAUCCUUAAGAGUAGUGCCGAAGAAGCCGGAAAGGCUCUCAAGAACAAAGAAAGCUCAGUGGAAGCUGAAGUAGCGCAAACAUCGCUUCGCAGCGGUGAAGUCCAAAAACACCAGCGAUCUCACCAGAAUCCAGAAGCGUUUUCAUCAAGGAACGUUGAAAAUUCAAUAAAUGUGGAAUGGGGCGAGAAAAGUGCACUGUGGGAAACGGAACAAGCAAAAAGCGAACAGCAGGAACCGCAGGAUUUGGUGAGAAGGGAAGUGGAUCAAUCAAUGCAUAAUCAGAAAACGUCUAGAGAUAAAAAAUCUAUGGAUGUUAAGCGCGCAAAUAUUGAUCAACUUUUUGACAAAGCCGAGCAACAGCUUAUCGAAACCACUUUAGAGGAAUCGAAACGUUUGAAAGCUGGCGAAAGGAAAUUACGCGAUCCUGACAGAUCUGUCUCCACGCCCAGUUCUGUAAAGGAUCCUAAAAAAAAUGAAAACAAGAAAACAGCAGCUGUAGAAAAAGUGCCAGUGGAUAUUUCUAUGGAUCCGCAACAUUUCUUGCAAGCCGAAACCAGUGCAAUGCUGCAAGUUUCGGCUGAUCUUGUCGAGAAUUUUGACGACAUUGCAGAAGAGGCGGAUAGCCAGCAAACAAUAAUCGCCGAAGCAUUCGAAGAUGAUGAUGUGAUCGGUGAUUUCGAGGCGGAAAAGGAAGCUGUAGAAGCGGUUGAAGCACCGAAAGACAUUGAUUUAACGCUGCAUGGAUGGGGUUCAUGGACCGGCCCAGGAAUAUCUAAUAAGAAAAAAGACAAGUUUGUAAUAAAAGCAAAGAAAAAGCAACGAAAAGAUGCGGGAAAGAUGGGUCUGAUUAUAUCGGAAAAACCGGACGCGUCGAUUGAAAAAAUUCAACUUCGAUCGGUUCCGUUUCCCUAUACGACGGUUGAAGAUUAUGAGGCCGUAGUGCGGCAGCCUUUGGGAAAAGAAUGGAAUCCGCAACGAAUUCAUAAGAAACUUAUUCAGCCGCACAUUGUAACAAAGGUUUGCAUUUUCUUCAUUAGCAUUACCACUUGUGCAGUGGAGAUGAGGAGAGCUAACUUAGAAUGCGUUGGCUGUGGUAAAACAUUCAGCUUCAUCUUGUCUGACGACCAGUUCUGGAUCGAUGGCCUCCUGAAGCAUUUGCCCAUCAAAAGUCAGCAGCAUCAGGGAACUGCCCAUCAGAAGUCGGGAGAUUUUGAUGAUGUGAAGCGAAAUAUGGAUUGA